AUGGCAACCGUCGAAGAAAAGAAUAAACAAGUCAUUACCAAGUACUUCACCGAAUACUGGGGCAAGCUGAACCCGGGCAUCGUCGACGAGGUCUGUGCAGACAACGUGUUCCAAUCAUACCCGAUGCACGCCAACCCGAAGAAGGGCAAGGCUGCGGUCAAACAAGCCAUCGUGGAUUUCAAAGCCGCUUUCCCGAACCUAGGUUUUAAGACCUACGGGCCCUACCCUCUGAUCGCCGAGGGCGACUACGUGUUUGGUCGUUGGAUCGGGGGAGGCACGCACACCGGCACGCCGUUUGACGAUUUCUCAGUGGGCGCCCUGACCGAGCCCAAUACCGGCAAGCAGAUGUGGUUCUCGGGCAUGACCAUCUUCACCCUGAAGGAUGGGAAGAUUGUCAAGGAGAUCGGAGAAGAAGGAGGGCUCACGGCGUUGCAACAACUGGGCCUCGUCGAGGCACCGAAGAAGGGGCGAGAGAUGUUCUAUGAUGUUGAGAACAUGUAG